AUGUUGGCAGAAGUAGAAGAGCCACCAGAACAGCAAACAGGUAAUCGCAGGACAGGAGGAACUACCAAUAAACUGGCUACAGAACAGCUUUGUUUCUCCAAACCAACCAAAGAGAUGGCCAAUCACAUCAGACCCUUGUUCAUAACAGCAAAUUUUAGGGGUGUUCCUAUUCCCAAAGUCAUGGUAGAUGGAGGAGCAGCCAUUAAUCUUCUGCCUCACAGAAUGUUGAGCAAAAUGGGCAGAACAGAGAAGGAUUUGAUUCCAACACGCUUGACGGUCACCAAUUGCGCAGGGGGCAUCACCAAAACUCACGGGAUCUUAGAUGUGGAUGUCAUAUUUGGAAGCAAAAAACUGAAGAUUGCAUUCUUUGUGGUAGACACCACUUCUACCACUUACAAUUCACUGCUUGGCAGAGACUGGAUUCACCAGAGUCUAUGUGUUCCUUCCACUCUUCAUCAGCAAUUAGCUUUAUGGAAUGAAGAGGGUUACAUGGAGAUAGUAGAGGCCGAUCCACGGCCAUUUCUGCCUUCUGCCAUGUAUUUUGAGGUAAGGUACUAUCAUGAUGACCUUGGUCCUUUCACUUUCCUUAGAGUCAACCAGAACGGCCGCCCCCAUGGUGUCACAGCCCAGAGGCUCAUUGAAGAUGGUCUAGCCAGUUCCCUAGAGGACUGGAAUAGACCUUUUGUUGUUAACCUCCAGAACUCUGACGAUUAG